AUGCUUCUCCUAGACUAUCAGAAUGUGCUGAUUCAAUCGGUUCUCACCGAGAGGUUCUCUGGUGCCCCUCCUGCGCACAUCGACCAGACCGUCUCCGAUUUCGACGGCGUUAUCUACCACAUCUCGACCCCCGAGACGAAGACCAAGAUCCAGCUUUCGAUUCAAAUAAGGUGCUACAAGGACUUGGUCAAGUACGGCGCAGAGCAGGUGCUGCAGAGAGAAUAUGGCCAGUAUGUGGUGCCGCCGGAACCCGGAUACGACUUCUCGGUAUUGAUCGAUCUGGAGAACCUCCCGGAGGAGAAGGAGGAAAAGGAUGCGCUGAUCAUGAAGAUGGCGCUGCUGAAGCGCAACGCCAUGGCUGCACCUUUCGAGGCUGCUUACGAGGAGCACUACAAGCUGAAGGAGGAGGCAUCCAAGUACACAUCUGAGGAAGCCCCGCAGGGUGUCCGCGAGGGCGGCGAGGUUAUGGCUAUCCAUUACCGUGAGGAGGAGGCUAUCUACGUCAAGGCCAGCCACGACCGUGUCACAGUUAUCUUUAGCACGAUCUUCCGUGAAGAGACGGAUCGUGUCUUUGGCAAGAUCUUCAUCCAAGAAUUCGUCGACGCCCGUCGACGAGCUAUCCAGAACGCUCCCCAGGUGCUCUUCAGGAACGACCCCCCGCUGGAGCUCCAGGGAGUCCCUGGUGUCAGAGAUACUGGGACCGGCGAGAUCGGAUACGUUACCUUUGUCCUUUUCCCUCGUCACCUCACACCACAGAGAAUGCCCGACUGCAUCUCCCACAUCCAGACUUUCCGCGACUACUUCCACUACCACAUUAAGGCAUCGAAGGCGUACAUUCACUCGCGAAUGCGCAAGAGAACUGCCGACUUCCUCCAAGUUCUUCGCCGCGCAAGGCCCGAUGCUGAAGAGAAGGAACGGAAGACGGCGAGCGGUCGCACUUUCAAGGUCCAGGGAGCGUAG